AUGGGACUAGCGUGUGCCCUGAUAGCCAACUUUGUGCAUCCUUGCAUCUCCCAGGGAAUCUGGACUGAUGUUGUGAUGCCGGACUUGGUGGACGCAGUUCCCAGCUUCAAUGCAUUUUAUCCGCACCUAUCACAAUCAUCGGAUCAGGCUUCGUCUCCAGAGCUGGAGACUACGAGUGCACAUUUCGAACAGACUUCACCAUCUGCUCCUCCUUCUCAACAACUCCUGCAACCUUCUGCAACGAGCCAGAGCCCUUCGUGGAACCUUCCUGGCAUGCAGAUGAGCUUUGAAGUGCGCAAGGCAGGCAUUCCCCUCUACAAGGAUGACUUCUUCGAGCUCGUCUCCGCAUACGCUUUCAUAAACUCCACCAUCCCUUCCAUCGCCGGGGCCUCUGGGAAGUACAACGGAGUACAGAGGACCAUUACGUUGUCCCCUCAUGCUCCUCUCUACACCUGCCUGUUCGUGGGCCUGCAGGAGAAGAUCGAGACGCAGGCGUUGGACGUGCUCAGCGUCAACCAGGUCGUGUGCGAGAUGCCGACGUGGCGGCAUGCCCAGGGGUUCGUCGACGUUCAUCUCCUCCAUGCACAGCAGCCCGUGCGAUCGCGUGCUGUCCUCAGCUUCAUCCACGAGUGCGAGUCCAUCGAUAGGACUGAGCUUUCAGUGCUGGGAGGAGAGGUCGUCAGGAUCGCAGGACACGGCUUCAGCCCGCUGGAGCAAUACCUCUGCGAGUUUGCGGCGGAAGGGCAUGCAGUCUUGCAGGAAGCCUCCUACAUCAACCGAACGCUGCUCAGCUGCUCCAGCCCUGAGUGGACGGUCGAUUUCCCUGCUGCGUCUCUACGAGUCCUCGCCCGAUCCACUGGAGAGUAUCUGGCAGUCAACUCGAAUUCGUCCUUCCUCCUCCCCUUCACCGCUGAAGUGAUCAGCUUGUCGCCCUCCCAGGGACCAGCGGCAGGAGGAGCCUCCAUCACCCUCACAGGACGGGGGCUCUUCUCUUCGAAUGUUUUUCUUGUCAAGUUUGCCUGUGGCGACUACGAGCAGAUAGUCAGUCUGCACGGCAAGACACCUCGUGACGCCCAGCACGUCGUCCUCUCAUCGCCGGACUGGAUGGGAGAAGGAUGCACGUCGGACGUGUCGAUCGUCAUGUCUGGGAAGGAGGUGCUGUACAGGACCAACGGGAGCAAGCUCGUCUUCACUUUCCUCCCCUCGUCGAUCAGGAUGGCCAACACGACCGGGCCGCUGGGAGGAGGAUCAUACCUGUCUGUGAUCGGAAGAGCUUAUCCAUUGGGCGGAAACUUUCAGCUCGUGUUCGCCGGAACCUCAAGUGAGAUUCCUUUUUGGCCGGGAGUCGGAGUCGCAAACGUAAGCAUGCUGAUCGCAAACUCGCCUGCUUCAUCCUCCGCUUUCAUCUUCGCAGACUUUCAAUACUCUCAAGACUUCUGGGAGGUGCCGUCGACGACCUUCGGACCUGCAGGAGGGGAUUUUCAAAUCACGGUCUUCGGCAACUUUCUUGUCAACAAGUUCUACACGUUGAGGAUGAUCGGAGAGGAAGACGUCUUGACCGCCGCAGCUUCAGCCGUCUUGCCCGACCGCGUCACCUUCCACGUGCAGGACUCGAAUGGGAAGGAGAGGAACGUCAAGCUCUCAGUGGUGAGAGAUGACGUGGAGAUCGGGCUGAAGAACAAAAGGGAACAAGGCUUCUCUUUCCGAGCAAUCCUCUUCGACCAGUCCGUCUUAGCCCUCGCUGAUCAGACCAAACUUUCCCUCAGAGGGCAAAGUCUCAACACGUCGUCGACCUCUCGAUACAUCUGCAGGCACUUUGGCGUCAAUGUGCUGACAUCGGCCGCAUGCCAGUCGAUCAGCAACGUGACCGUCAUCAAUGACAACUUGAUCGAAUGCGACCUCCCACCGACCAGCGUCUGUCCCUUCUGUCAGGAGAACGUCUCUGUGUGUUAUGCAAACAACCCGUCGAUGUGUCUGCUAGCAAACUCAUCGCUCAGGACGCAAGUUCUGACUGUGGACAGAGUUGGCAUCGUUGAAAGCGCGUUACCAUCCGUGGUCUACGUGAAGGAUUUCGAGCUGGUCACCAUAACAGGAACCAGCCUCAUCUUCGGCGCUCCUUUCUGCAACGUGGAGGUCUUUUGCGACUUUCUCUCCGACCAGAUCGUCAGGUCGUUGAGGUACAACGUCAGCAGCAGCGCAGGUUGGUUGAACAUCGAUGAACGAUUUUCUUCUCCUCCUCCCUCCUGGCUCAUCGUCAACGACGAGAUUGUUUUACUCUCCAACCAGCUCCAUGCUCAAGGAAGCGUCUUGUCUCACGGAGAGAGCUGGAUCUGCAUCUCGGAGCUGCUCCAGCAAAGCAUCCCUCCUGGGGAGGUUGGGGUUGAACUUUUCUACUCCGGGCUCUCCUUCGCCUUCCAGCUGAUUGCGGGGGUGGUUGUGAUGGAUCAAGUGACGGACGUGGGGUACUGCGGGACGAACGUGACCUUGGUCUCCUCGCUCCAAGUGGACUCAACAUGGCAGCUCCCCGUCAACUUCACCAUCACGGCGGUACAGGCGAGCAGGGGGCAGAUGAGCACGAGGGCGCGGGAGCAUAUCAAGGGCGACAGCCUGUCGGCGGUCAAUGUCACGAACUCGGCACAAGUUGACAACGACAAGAUCAGGUGCGAUGCUUUCUGGUGGGACCUUGGGCGCUCGGGCAAGAUCGUCUUUGCCAAGAGCAAGUUCGUCAACGUUAGCUCGUCGAGAGGCCUCCUCAUUGAAGGAGAGUCGUUCUGCUACGCCGACGUCUCUUGUGCGUCGAACCAUUACUUCUGCCGCUUCCAGGUCCUGCGAGCUGGAACGAGAGCGUGA